GCGGCUCAGACGCUGACGGAGCUCCUGCUUCGCGUCAAAGGAAAUGACAGUUUUAUAUAAAACAGUUUGUUGUUUCUGCCUGUAGACAUGGGUAGACGUGUGAUUUUCUUGGUGCUCCUAGCUGUACUGCUGCUGGACUUUACAGAGGGUGCAGAGAAACAAAUGUACCUUGCAGAUGGAGGUAAACUCAUAUUGGAGUCACCCAUUCCUGCUGAGUUCAAGCCCCUGACAAGCAUCCUGUGGAAACAUAAUCGCAACAUGGUGGUGGAAUGGGUUGAGAAAUUAGGAAGUGUGGAGUACUACGGAGCAUUUCACGGCCACACAACCCUGGAUAGAAAGACAGCUCGUUUGGAGAUCGACAAUUUGACUCUUAUCUACAGUGGAGUGUAUUCUUUGGAGUUAAAUGGCCAACUCCAGAGCGAGACAUACAUGGUUAUUGUGAUCAAGAAAGUCCCAAAGCCCACGGUGACAGUUGAGCCACUGUUUUGUUCUUCCACCUCAUCUCUUUGCAAACUGAUCUGCAAUGGAGGGAUCCUAGAGGCCCAACCAAUCACCUACAGCUGGAGGCCAAAUACAGGAGACUGGACUGAGUCAAGUAAACUGAUGGACAUCACCAAGGAUGACGACCAUGUUGAAAAUUUCUUCUGCCAAAUGAAGAACCCAGUUAGUGAGGAAGAGAGCGAGCCAUGGAAAAAUGUAUUCUACCCAGAGAAAGUCCCAAAGCCCACGGUGGCACUGGAGCCACUGUCUUGUUCUCCCUCCUCACCGCCCUGCGCUCUGAGCUGUAAUGGAGGGAUCCCAGAGGCUGAACCAAUCACCUACAGCUGGAGGCGAGAUACAGGAGACUGGACUGAGUCAAGUAAACUGAUGGACAUCACCAACGAUGACGACCAUGUUGAAAAUUUCUUCUGCCAGAUGAAGAACCCAGUUAGUGAGGAAGAGAGCGAGCCAUGGAAGAAUGUAUUCUACAAAGAUAGAAAGCAGCUUUACAUUACUGUGGCAGUUGGGGUGGUGGCUGCAGUUAUUCUGGUUGUUAUUAUUGCUUUCAUAACACGAAGGUUCUUUUCAUUACGUGGUGGAUUUGACAGUGAAAUAGUUAGACUUUACUUGUACUUUCAUCUGCUGACCUUGGUGAUGGCUGCAGUUCUUCCAUUUUUUUCACUCGGUUUUGCUUUCAUAACAGGAAGGUUCUUUUCAUUCCUUAGUGGAUUUGACAGUGAAAUAGGUACACUUCUGCUUUCCCUUGGUGUGCUGGCUGGGGUGAUGGCUGCAGUUUCUCUGUUUAUUUGGCUGGUUUAUUAUGAACUUCUGCUUUACCUUGGUGUGCUGGCUGUGUUGAUGGCUGUAGUUUCUCUGGUUUGUUCUCUGGGUUUUGCUGUUAUAUCAGGAAAGAUCUUUUCAUUACGUGGUGGAUCUGACAGUGAAAUAGGUACACUAAUGCUUUCCCUUGGUGUGCUGGCUGUGUUGAUGGCUGUAGUUUCUCUGGGUUGUUCUCUGGGUUCUGCUGUUAUAUCAGGAAAGUUCUUUUCAUUACGUGGUGGAUUUGACAGUGAAACAGCUGUUAUAUCAGGAAAGAUCUUUUCAUUACGUGGUGGAUUUGACAGUGAAAUAGGUCGACGUCUGCUUUCCCUUGGUGUGCUGGCUGUGGUGAUGACUGUAGUUUCUCUGGGUUGUUCUCUGGGUUCUGCUGUUAUAUCAGGAAAGUUCCUUACAUUACUUGGCCUAUUUGUCAGUGAACUAUGUACACGAAUGCUUUCCCUUGGUGUGCUGGCUGUGUUGAUGGCUGUAGUUUCUCUGGGUUGUUCUCUGGGUUUUGCUGUUAUAUCAGGAAAGUUCUUUUCAUUACGUGGUGGAUUUGACAGUGAAACAGAUGAACUUCUGCUUUACCUUGGUGUGCUGGCUGUGGUGAUGGCUGUAGUUUCUCUGGGUUGUUCUCUGGGUUUUGCUGUUAUAUCAGGAAAGAGCUUUUCAUUACGUGGUGGAUUUGACAGUGAAACAGGUACACUAAUGCUUUCCCUUGGUGUGCUGGCUGUGGUGAUGGCUGCAGUUUCUCUGGGUUGUUCUCUGGGUUCUGCUGUUAUAGCAGGAAAGUUCUUUACAUUACGUGGUGGAUUUGUCAGUGAAAUAGAUAUAUCUCCGCUUUCCCUUGGUGUGGUGGCUGUGGUGCUGGCUGUAGUUUCUCUGGGUUGUUCUCUGGGUUCUGCUGUUAUAUCAGGAAAGAUCUUUUCAUUACGUGGUGGAUCUGUCAGUGAAAUAGAUGAACUUCUGCUUUUCCUUGGUGUGGUGGCUGUGGUGAUGGCUGUAGUUUCUCUGGGUUGUUCUCUGGUUUCUGCUGUUCUAUCAGGAAAGAUCUUUUCAUUUCGUAGCAGAAAUGCCAGUAAAACAGGACAUCAAACAGAACUAAAUCAACUAAACAGUGGUGGACCAAACCAAGAUGAAGAUGGGAGGUCAGAUGGACCAACAGCAUGAAGUCACUGGUUAUAGUUUGACAGCAUUUUCAACAGUGGACCUUUUUCACAGCAGCCACUUUGUGAUGAAAUAGCAGGGCAGCUUCUGUCCACAGGCAGUAAGGCUUAGCAACAGCCAGUGGACUCACAGCCACAUCUGCAUCUUGACUGUAUACUGCAGCUCAGGGUUUUGAA